ACUUAAAUUAUUAUUAUUAUUAUUAUUAUUAUUAUUUUAUUUUUUCCAAUAAAAUUAUCCAAAGAAAUGUUGACAUUCAAUUCUGAAAUGUAAAGUUACUUAAAUCCAGACGUGACUUUAAUUAUUUUGGUCCAAAUGAGAUUCGGAACCAUCACACGCCAUUUUGUUGUAGGAUACCAUUCAAUGUAACACUCAUUCCGUCCAACUCUGAAGUGUCACAUGCUAAACUGUCCGGCCACAGUUGACAGUAAUGGAGGUUAGACAGAGCAGAGUCAGAGGCGGCAGUUGGAGAAGAGGCGGCCGGGGUGGAAACGACAGCGACAGUUCUGGCGGUGAACACCGGGGAAGAGCGAGAGGAGGCCAGAACCGUGGCCGGGGGAAAAGAGACCACUACCGCGGCCGUGGACGCGGGGGAAGCGCCCAUGCAGCGGAGUUCCAUCACCGGGAUCAAGAUGAAGGGGACAACUUUCAGGAUGAGGACAACGGUCGGCAGGUUUUCUCCAGGAGGAAACUGGAGUCAAACUGGGAUCGUUAUGAGGCGUCCGAGAAGCCGGAGCCUGAGGAUGACACGCCCGCUCAGAGAGGAACAGACUACCACAUCCUGAUGGAGUCAGCAGGGGAUUCCUUCACUCAAUUCAGGUUUUCAGAAGAGAAGGACUGGGAGAUGGACUCAUCUGCAGCCGGUCAGAUGUCUGCGGUGUUCGUGGACCUCCCAGCACUCGCUCUGAGCCUUCAACAAGUUCCUCUCCACCAGAGACUCAACCUGGAGGCUGAGCUGCUGCAGGUCUCGACACCUGUAGAGCUGCCCACUGUGACCCUCACACCCAAACAGGAAGUGCCCAAGAUUGCCACGUUCACUCCUCCGUCUGCAGCUUUGAAAGUCCUCUGCACCAACCAGAAGAUCCCCGUGGCAACAAACCCAGCGCCCUGCUCAGACUCGCAGGAGGAGGAUGAUGAUGAUGAUGAUGAUGAUGAAGAGCUGGACCAGCUGCUCAGUUUACACGAACCAGUCUCCAGUGUUUCAGGAAACAAGCCCGUCAGUGUUGAGGAGAGUGUGGUUCCAGAGAAAGUGUGUGAGGAAUCGACGGAGGUGAUAGAAGAGAAGAUGGAGGUGAAAGAUGAAGACGUCACGCUUCGCAAGUCUGCGUCGUCCGUCAAGCAGGAAGUGACAGAAGAAGACCUGGAGGACUGGCUGGACAGCAUGAUCUCCUAACCAUCAGGGGGAAAGGACUCGAUUCGAGAUGUAAAUAAAAGGACUUUGGUUUUGACAAACAAAUGAGAAAGUUUACAUGCUGAACAAGUUAUUUGUUUCAGUUUCCCGGAGUGAAUCGGAGACGUCUUUGACGGACAGAUAGUGAAACAUUGCUUUAUUGCGUCAAUUACUUUAUUAAUUUCCUCCCCCUCAUCAAAAGAAAUGCAGUUUACCAAAGCUACUACAUACAUACAGAUGGCGAUACAACAGCAGUGAACCAUUUUGUCGUCAAUAAAAUCCUUGAACCAA